AUGUCGUCCAAGGAACGACGACCGAGGGAAAAGGACAAGGACAAGGUGCACAAGCUCUCGCUCAAGGGCAGCUCUAGACUCGUCGCCGAGUUUUUCCAAUACUCGAUACACUCGAUCCUAUUCCAACGGGGCGUCUACCCGGCCGAAGACUUCACCGCCGUCAAGAAAUAUGGUCUCAACAUGCUCGGUACGCCCCAAUGGUCUCCUGAAUCCCCAGUUGCCGUCGUCGUGAAGCUAAACCCUCGGUGCUGCACAGUCUCGGCCGACGACCAAGUCAAGGCAUACAUCAAGAAAAUCAUGAGCCAGCUCGACAAAUGGAUGGUAGGCGGCAAGAUAUCCAAGCUCGUCAUCGUCAUUACGGACAAGGAUACCGGAGAGCAUGUCGAGCGUUGGCAGUUCGAUGUUCAAAUCUCUCAAAACGCAGCAAAGUCAAAGUCCAAAUCAUGCCCCAAGCCCACCGAUCAGGAAAACGUUGCGCCAUCGGCAGCAGGAGCAGUAGCCACAGAGAAGAGCGAAGCCGAGAUCCAGUCCGAAAUCGCCGCUAUUUUUCGCCAGAUUACGGCCUCUGUCACAUUCCUACCACAACUGAGUGGCGACUGCACCUUCAAUGUACUUGUCUACGCGGAUGCAGACAGCGACGUUCCCAUUGAAUGGGGGGAUUCCGAUGCCAAGGAGAUUGCGCACGGCGAACACGUCCAGCUGCGGGGGUUCAGCACCGCAAAUCAUCGUGUGGAUACACUCGUCAGCUACAGGCUGGGAGACUAG